UAUAAUUGGCUGAGUAUUGAUUUAUAGAGGUUUAUUUUACUGUAUCAUUAAAUCCACAUUGUUUUCUUCCAAAAUACAGUAAGUGAAGAGCACAACAACCCACGGCACCUGCUAAAGUGAAUAAAAAUCUCUAUAAAUAGGAUCGUUCAUCAUUUCUUUCUCAUCAGCACAGAAGACAAGGAAAACUAAACCAUAGUGCAAAGAAAACUAAAUUGGUCUUCUUUCAAUCAAGAGAUAUUCGAAAGGAAAGAAGAAUGGGUUCAUGCAGUCCUCAACUACCACUCAUCUGUCUCUCGGACCAAACCCUAAAACCAGGAAGCUCAAAAUGGGUUAAAGUGAGGAGUGAUGUCCGUAAAGCUUUAGAAGACUACGGUUGUUUCGAAGCCAAAAUUGAUCAAGUGUCAAUGGAGCUUCAGGGGUCGGUUUUGAAGGCCAUGCAAGAGCUUUUUGCGUUACCGACAGAGGCCAAACAAAGAAAUGUGUGCCCGAAACCUUUCACUGGAUAUUUGUCUCAUAAUGGUCUCUCCGAGAGUUUUGGGAUCAAGGAUGCUAAUAUUUUGGAGAAAGCUCACGAAUUUACUCAACAACUAUGGCCUGAGGGUAACAAGAGUAUCAGUAAGAUGAUCCAACUGUAUGCUGAGAAAUUAGCAGAACUGGAUAUGAUGGUGAGAAGAUUAAUACUGGAGAGCUAUGGGAUAGAAUACUUCAUUGAUGAACAUUUGAACUCAACGUAUUACCGUAUGCGAUUGAUGAAGUAUAUAGCACGGCCUGAUAAUGAUAUAACUGCUGCUGUUGGUGCUAAUGUGGAUAAUGGUGCUAACGAUAAUGCCGAUGGUGAUGCUAAUGUCAACGAUGAUGGUGCUAGUAUUGGUGUUAAAGUUAAUGUCGAUGUUGGUGAUGAUGUUAAUGACAAUGAUAGUGUUAAUAUUGGUGUUGGUGUUGAUAUUAACGUUGAGACCAAUGUUAAUGGUGAUCUUGAUGCUGAAGCUAAUGGUGAUGCUACUGCUUGGGUCGUUGGUGCUGUUAGUGGGAAUGCUAGCGUUGGUGCCAAAGAAGCUAAUGUUGAUGCGGAGUUGGGCUUACCUAGUCAUACUGAUAAAAGCCUUACUGGAAUAAUUUAUCAGCAUCAAAUUGAUGGUUUGGAGGUGAAGACCAAAGAGGGGAAGUGGAUCAGAGUUAAACCAGCUCCUAAUACCGUCAUUGUUAUUGCGGGAGAUGCUCUAUGUGCACUUAUGAAUGGUAGAAUCCCUUCACCGUAUCACCGAGUAAGGGUAACAGAGAAAAAGAAGACGAGAUACGCAGCAGCAUUGUUUUCGAAUCCAAAAGAAGGUUAUAUCAUAGAUUCACCAAAAGAACUUGUGGACGAGAAGCAUCCACGUGCCUUCAAACCCUUUGAUUUUGUCGACCUUUUUAACUUCUAUCACACAGAAGCUGGUCGUAGAGCUCCAUCUACUCUCCAAGCUUUUUGUGGCGUCUCUGCUGGGAAAUAAAGGUGUGCGCUUCAAAAUGUUUGGACGUGGUUUCAAGUUUCAACUAGUAUCAACAACUAUCUUACGAAAUAAGGUGUUUAUGUUGUGUAAUAAACAUUUAGGUAUAUGUUUGAAUUUUGUCUUUGUAUAUAGGUAACAACACUUUGAUUACUUCUUUUGUUUCAUGACGUUAAUUCAGCCACAAACCGGAUAACCUGACCUCAGUGUAAGAGAUUGUCUUUUCUUGUUCCUAGAAACAUGUGGCCUAAACCAGAAGCGCAUAUUGAUAUAGUUAAUAGUUCUGGAACAAUAAAAGACAUUUUCCUAGCA